ACGUUAAUAUGAGGGACAAGGUGAGAGCAAAGGGCGAAGCAGAGAAAGGACGAUCAAGGAGAAGAAGAGAGGAGCAAUUGGAAGGAAAAUUUUAGCGUUGAGACAUAUCAUCUUCUCCUUCACGCUUGUUGUCUUAAGAUAUUUGAUAUACAUGGCAUCCCAGGGAUGCGUCAUGUUUGAUGGAUGAUAAUGGGUGCAGUUAUAAGUCUUCACUUUAUUUUACCAACUGGAGGUUGGAUCUACCCUACUGGAGUUCCUUGCAUGGAAGAAUCUUCUCAAGAAGCAUUGAGAAUCAAUGAGAGGUUGUUCUACUUCAUACCUAGAGACAUCCUCGAUAUUCCCAAAGAUGUUCUUGAGCUCCUGUGUGAUCGGUUAUCGAUUUCAGAACAACUUCAAUUUGCUAGAGUCUGCAAGUCAUGGCACUCAGUGGCCUUCAAAAGAGUUAAUCCUAAAGCACAUGAGCCUCCAUCACUCAUUGGUCUCUCGAAUGACCCCACUCUAUUUGGAAGAAGAAUACACAACCAGAUAACAUGCUAUCAAAUACAACCAAAAUCAUUCCAGCAUUCUGAUCCAUAUAUUAUUGGAUCAUUCAAGGGAUGGUUAUGUCUGCAAUAUUACAAGGAGGAACUAAUCCAGCUUGUGAAUCUCUUCUCCAAUAUUCAUCUUGAUCUCCCAUCUUUGUCUACCAUGAAGUUUAUACCUUCUCAUAAAUCUCUCUCUCUUGUUGGCCCUAGUAAGCAUGCCAAAGCUUUUGCAGUAUUAUUCUGCAGAUUUUUGAGUCCCAUUAUGAUUGCAUUCGUUUCUAAAUAUGGGAAGUUAGCCUUGUGUGAGAUUGGAGGCAGUGCUUGGGAAGCUCAUGAAACAGAUGAACAAUAUGUCAAUGUGGCAUUUUACAAUAACAAAUUAUAUGCUAUCAGAAAGAAAUAUAACAAGGUUGACAUAUUUGAAAUUGACCAUGAUUUGAAGCUUUUUCAUGUGGGUGCUAUAGAAAUUGACAAUGAUAUCAAGCUUUUUCCUCUAGCUGUUGCUGGUUCUUCUCGAGUUACUAAUGCAAAGUGGGAUCUACCAUUCCAAUCAUAUUUAGUGGUGGAGCCUCAAGAAAAUAAUCUUUUUCUUGUGAUGCACCAUCGUAAGGAGGUUAAAGUUGAUUUUUUGACAGUUGAGUUUGAGAUCUAUAAGGUGUAUGAAGAUCGGCUUGUGAAAGUGGAUACGUUGGGAGAUCAAAUUGUAUUGCUGAAUGACUCAUGCUCUGAGAUAAUUAACGUUAAGGAUUGUCCUCCUUCCCUUCUUUUUCGAGGUAACCAAAUAUGUUUCACUAGUAAUUUGAAUAAGAAUAUUGGGAUAUAUUCUUUCAAAGAUGGAAUUGUUAAUUGGUUACCUCCGUUCAGAACGUUUUAUGGUAUCCAUUGGAUGCUUCCCAGACUUGUUGGUAAAUGUACCUCUGAAUCUCACACAUCAAUGUGUUGUCCUAAAUUAUCUGAACCACCAUAAAAUAGCUGUUAUUUUCUUUAGAAGAGCAAUAAAGAUUUAUUUACUUUUUGUUCCAUAACUCUUUUGCCUUCUGUACUCUUAUUUCCUUCAUUUUGUCCUAGGUUAUAUACGUGCAUACCUCUGUACCGUGUGGAUGUAUAGGUUUGUUUGUAUUGAUGAAUAUAUUCAAUGGUUUAUACUUCA